AUGGCGUCGCCCAACGGGUCAAAUGGUCGAACAAAUUACGCGAUCAACCCUCAGUCGCAGUCGUGGAACCCCCAGGCGUUGCUCAACCCCCGAGCAUACGCAUCUACGCCUAGUUCGAAGCAGAAUUCCCCCAAACCCCAGGCUUUAGCGACUCGAUCUGCGCCAGGAAACCAAAGCAACAAUAGCAACGCUUCCUUCAUCUUCCAAUUCGCGAGCCCGAAUGACACCCCGAACGAGUCGUUAACACCUAGCAUGGCUUCAGGCGCUUCGACUCCCGGCCGCGACGGCAGAGUUUCGCCCUACGGAAUGGGCAACAUGAUUGAGCGAAUGAACGAUGUCCAGGACCGCGCCUCCGCGCCCCAGCCUAAGCGGAGAAAGUAUGACACUCCCGAGUCUGAUGCCGACAACAAGAAGGCGAUGGUACCUGGCGGCAGCGGCAUGCUGGGCGCGUACGUAAAGGAGAAGCAGGAUACAGGCCAGAAGGAGAAAUCAAAAGUAUCCACGCAAACUGUAGAUCUCACCGAGGGCGACGAUGAUGUGGUCAUGGUUGUUGAAGACCCCGCGACUGAGGAGGUCUGUUACGGCAUGCUUACGGCCAAACUCGACUGUCACAAGGUGCCCUCUCCGAAGCCAGGAACACAAAGCAUUUUUGGAGCGGACUUCAUGCCCCCCGUCAAGGUUGUUCUGAAGAGAAUUAUCGGAGAUUCGAGCAAGAAGAUCUCGGCCUACGAUUUCACGCGCGACAUCAUUGGAAAUGUAGACGCACACACCGCGGGAGCUCUUGUCCCCCUGCUGGACUCUAAUGUGCGGCUUCGAACCGACUGCAAGAUCCCUGCGCGUAGAAAGCAGGCGGACGAAGAGCCGGGUAAUGCCAUCUCGAGGUCAUAUCCCCUAGAGAUGACUUUGUACGGCCAAUAUCGAUUUGUGAAGGCGGUUGGCAAGCAUUUUGAGCGAGCAAAAAUUGUUCUGCGCCACCCCAACAGAGUGGACAAGGGCAUCCGCUACGAAAACGUCCAUGUUGAUUCGAAGCCCGUUCCGGCUCCCGGUGCCAGAAAUCUCGCUGGAGCUCUUGCUCAGUACAACAGUCACUCAUCGUCGACUUACUACACCAACCCGACUACACGCACAGUCGAGGAGAUUCGGUCAGACGUCAUGGGUGUCUUCGACUCCAUGGGAAAGACGGACGAGCUCCCUGAGAUGGACCCAUCGCCAAUCAUCACCACCGAACUACUUAAGCACCAGAAGCAGGGUCUUUUCUUCAUGACAGCCAAAGAGAAGAUGUCUACCGCCGAGGAGAGAACCAAGGGUUCAAUGUGGCAGCUCAAGAUCGGCCCCGCCGGCCAGAAGUCUUAUUACAACGUCAUCACGGGCCAGACAGAGCGACAGCUUCCUGCGGAAACCCACGGUGGCCUGCUUGCUGAUAUGAUGGGCCUGGGAAAGACCCUCAGCGUGCUCUCGCUUCUGGCCAGCACCAUGGACGACGCCAAGGAGUGGUCAAGCCGUACGCCUGUCCAGCCCGAAGUGCCACCCCAGAAGAUUGGAGGAAAAACGACAGCCUCGAGCUCCCUGCCGCUGACAGGCAUCGCCAAGAAUACCAAGACAACGCUUCUUGUCUGUCCUCUGAGUACUGUCACGAACUGGGAGGAACAGAUUAAGCAGCAUAUCGCGCCAGGGCAGCUGAGCUACUACAUUUACCAUGGUUCGAACAGAAUCAAGGAUGUCGAGAAGCUGGCUGAGUUCGACUUGGUCAUCACCACUUACGGCUCUGUCUCAAGCGAGCUGGGCGCUCGCAGCAAGCGAAAGUCGGGCAAAUUCCCCUUGGAGGAGAUUGGAUGGUUCCGCAUCGUUCUAGACGAGGCGCAUAUGAUCCGCGAGGUUGCAACUCUACAGUUCAAGGCGAUUGUUCGGCUUCAGGCCGCUCGCCGCUGGGCUGUUACCGGAACCCCCGUUCAAAAUCGCCUCGAGGACUUGGCUGCCCUUCUUCAGUUUAUCCGCCUAAAACCCUUCGAUGAUCGAAACAAGUUCAAUCGAUUCAUCGUGGAUCCGUUCAAAGCCUGCGACACAGAAAUCGUCCCCAAGCUUCGCGUUCUCGUGGACAGUGUUACUCUCCGACGUUUGAAGGACAAGAUCAAUCUUCCCCCGCGCAGCGAUCACCUUAUCAAGCUUGACUUCACUGCCGAGGAGCGUGAAGUUUACGACCUGUUUGAGAAGAAUGCCCAAGAUCGCGUCAAAGUCCUCGCCGGAAACGGUGUGCAGCGGGCGUUGGGAGGCCACACGUACAUCCACAUUCUCCGAUCCAUCUUGCGGCUUCGCCUUCUCUGUGCCCAUGGCAAGGACCUCUUGAACGAAGAAGACCUAGAGGCCUUGCAAGGCAUGACAGCUGACAUGGCUAUUGAUCUUGACAGCGACGAUGAGGACAAGAAACCCGGUUUGUCGGCCCGAAAGGCGUAUGAAAUGUUUGAGCUUAUGCGAGAGACGAACACGGAUACCUGUAGCGCCUGCUCCAAAAAGCUGGGAUCCAACGACGACGCCAACAUCGAGUCGGAGGGACAAGAAGAUAUCCUCGGUUAUAUGACGCCCUGCUUCCAUAUCGUUUGCGGUUCUUGCAUCAAGGGUUUCAAAGAACAAACCAGACAGCUUCUCGCUCCAGGCGUGGCCGAAGGACCCUGCCCGAUCUGUUCCACCGUCACCAGGCCCGCUUACGUUGACAUUCGUCGAUCACGCGUCAAGGUCGAGCACGAGGGCCCUGCUAAAGACAAGACCUUCACCAACGGCCGCAAGAGUUUCGGAAAGUACUCGGGUCCUCACACCAAGACGAGGGCGUUGGUUGAGGAUCUUCUUAAGUCAAAAGGUGACAGCGAUGCGAAUCCCCACGAGGCGCCGCACAAGUCCGUCGUGUUCUCAACAUGGACCUCGCAUCUUGACUUGAUUCAGAUGGCUCUCGACAACGUUGGCCUCAAGUACGUCAGGCUUGACGGCAGCAUGACGCGUAUCGCCCGAACUCAGGCAAUGGACAGUUUUCGUGAGGAUGAUUCGGUUCAUGUCAUCCUGGUGUCGAUUACAGCCGGUGGUCUCGGCCUCAACUUGACUGCGGGCAGCAAUGUUUACGUCAUGGAGCCCCAAUACAACCCCGCAGCUGAGGCCCAAGCCAUUGACCGAGUUCACCGUCUGGGCCAGAAGCGUCCGGUUCGCACAGUCCGCUACAUCAUGCGAAACAGCUUCGAGGAGAAGAUGCUGGAGCUGCAGGAGAAGAAGAACAAACUGGCGAGUCUCAGCAUGGAUAGAAAGGAUAAGGUCUUCGAUAAGAGCGAGGCGGCUAGACAGAGGCUUCAGGACCUCCGAAGCCUGUUCAAAUGA